AUGGCCGGUGAGUUUAAAUACGGAGAAUGCCUGAAAAUCCACGCGAAUCUUGGAAAUCGAGCCGAUGGCUGCCAGGAGUUCAUUCGGCGAGGCAGUUGUUUUGAGAAGAUGUACUAUUGUGCAGCCUGCGGCUGCCACCGGAAUUUCCACCGUGUGCCAUGUUUUGAAGACAAUCUCCCAACAAAAGAAAACAUGGGCGGUGACGGUGAUAUAAAAAAUACUGUUUCCUACGGAGAAUGCAUGAAACUCCACUCGGCUCUUGAAAAUCGAGCCGACGGCUGCCAGGAGUUCAUCCCGGUGGGCGGAGAUUACCCGAUGGACUGUACCGCCUGCGGCUGCCACCGGAAUUUCCACCGGAAGGUUGUCCGGCGCGUGUUGCACACGGUGUGCCUCAAGAACCACAACCCAACGGGCCCCGAGUCCAAGGACGGCUGCCAGGAGUUCGCGUCUUUCCCCGGAACCACCACCUGCAGGUCGAUGCCUGCCCUGCUUGCGGUUGCCACAUCAGCUUUCACCGGAAAGAGAUGGGUGGAGGAGUACGAUAAGACCCAAGCUUGCACAAUUUUCGAGGUGGUUGGAGGCUCCGUAGAGGACCGUUGGGCUUGGAAGGGAAGGCAAGGAAAUGAAAAUGGUUGUUACCUUUACUGUGAUGCAGCUGUAAGAGACUCGGAAAUUGGGUUGGGAGGGUGGACAAAAAAUGCAGAAGGACUUGUAAUUGCGGUUUUUGCUUCUCAUAUGCCAAGUUUGUUUUCUCCAACUUUGGCUGAAGCUUUUUCCAUCCAAUUUGGGUUACGUUUUACUGCUACGUUGAGAAUGAAGAUCAAACAAGUUAACACAGAUUGCCUUGAAGUCGUGCAAGGACUGAUAGCAAAUGAGUCACAUCACCCUUUUGAAGGAAUUCUCUCCAACAUACUGACACUCUUGGAUUUAGUAGACUGUGGACUUUGUCAGCAUACGAAUCGCCGUCAUAACGAGAUUGCUCACGCCAUUGCUAAGUGGGAAGUAGAAUCAAAAACCACGAUAAUGUGGUCGGAUUGUAUUCCAAUCUAUUUUUCUCCUUUUGUAUUGUACGGAGAAUUCUUGAAAACCCACGUGGCUCUUGGCAAUCGAGUCGAUGGCUGCCAGGAGUUGAUCAUAACGCUGGACCGAUUUAACACGGUGGAGUACUGUUCCACCUGCGGUUGUCACCGGAAUUUCCACCGCAAGAUUGUCCGGCGCGUGGUGCGCACGGUGUGCCACAAGAACCACAACCCAACGGGCCCCGAGUCCAAGGACGGCUGCCAGAAGUUCACGUGUUCCCCCGGCGGAAACGACCUCUGCGCUGCUUGCGGCUGCCACAUUAGCUUUCACCAGAAAGAGAAAGCAAUGGCGGCUCACGCCGAAUGUUGCAAAUCCCACGCGCAUAUGGACGGGAAGAUCGAUGGAUGUCAGCAGUUCAUGGGUGACUGGAGGGACCCCUCGGACUGCCUGAUCUGCGGCUGCCACAGGUAUUUCCACCGGAAACCGGAGCCGCCGGUCGAGUACGAAACUAUAGCUGUCUAUACGAGGUGCCAGAAGAUCCACGAUUUCAAGUUCCAGAGCACGGUGGACGGGUGCCAGGAGUUCAUCCCUAAGGACGGCACCACCGCCGCCGCCGCGCUAACCUGCGCCGUUUGCGGCUGCCACAAGGGGUUUCAUCGAAAUGAAGUCACCAAGCGAUUUUUCGAAUUACACGUACACACAACCCAACAAUCUCACCUUACCAAAAUAGACACAACCUUUCUCCACAUUCAGAGCACAACCUUUCUCCAGAACCAGUGUUUUUUCCACAAGAAACUCAUCUCCUCUAUAGGAACCCCUUUUGUCUCAGGCAAGAAGAAAUACACAAAAGCAGUCAUGAUCGUGAUCCAUCCAGCAAAGAAGAGGAAAAUCCCGAACUUGAACGCACACAAGAGUGACAGAAAAACCUGCCCGAUUACAAAAGUGAAGAAAAGGUUAACUGCCACAGUUAUACUCUGCCCUGCCGACCUCGUCUCCAAUGAAAAUAUCUCGCUCGGCACAGUCCACCCAAGCGGGCCCCACGACCAUCCGAAAGCCGUCACAAACAGGCAGAUUACAAUCACCACCAGAAUCGACAAAGCCCUCCGGCCGACUUUAUCAACCGUCGCAAUCGAAAUGAAGGUCGACAGUGCCAGCACAGCGCCAGUCACGGCCGAAGAGUACAAAGAAGCAUUCCCUUUAAAACCCAUGCUCUGGAAAAGCACGGGAGCGUAGAACAAAAUCGAGUUAAUCCCAGUCAGAAUCUGAAAAGUCGGCAUGAAGAACGCCAUCGCCAGCUGUGGCCUGUUCCUCCUCUCCAGAAUGUUCCGGAAAGGAUGCUCGACGGACUUCGCCAACUCGCUCGCGUCGACUAUGUCCUGCAGCUCGGCGUGCACGUCGGCCGUGCCCCGUAUUUUCUCAAGGACCAUUUUACCCCUUGACUCGAACCCUCGCUCGAUCAAGCUGUUGGGGGUCUCGGGCAGCAGGAGCCCGCCGGCUGUCAUCAGGACAGCUGGCACUGCCGCCAGCCCCAGCGAGAGCCGCCAGCCCCACGGCUCGAGCUUCUGAGUGCCGUAGUUUAUCAUGUUUGCGGUGAAUAUCCCGAGCGUGGUCGCUAGCUGGAACAUCAUGUUGAGGGCUCCUCUUAUGUGGGUUGGCGCCAUUUCUGAUAGGUACAAAGGUACUGCCUUUUUGAAGAUUUUACACAGAAAAUUUUAGCUUGUUAGCAACAAUCGAAUCUUUUUCAAACUACUAAGACUAUGUUUGGUAGUCAAAUAAGCU